GGCAGCCAGAGGGGGAGAUUGUUGUGUGAUGUCAUCAUAUGCUAUCACAUUCUGUCUGCCUCCCAUCCCAUAUUUUUCAACUUGCAUGUGUGGUUUGAAC